GUAAGAACUAAAGAGCUUCACUUAUACUCAUCUUCUCUCUCAACAGAAGACAUGGCAAAACUCAUAUCCUACCUUCUCUUUAUCACCAUUCUCUUCUCUUUCAUUUUUCUCACUAUGUCAAAAGAAGCAGAGUACAAUCCAGAAAGUUAUGGAGCUGGAAGUCUCAAAUCAUACCAAUGUGGAGGAGAAUGCACGAGGAGAUGCAGCAACACCAAGUACCAUAAGCCAUGCAUGUUCUUCUGCCAAAAGUGUUGUGCUAAAUGUCUUUGUGUUCCUCCAGGCACUUACGGCAACAAACAAGUGUGUCCUUGUUACAACAACUGGAAGACUCAACAAGGUGGACCAAAAUGUCCUUGAGGAAUUAAAGAACUCCCAAUCUAUUUAGUACCUUUUUAAUAAUUAAUUAUGGUAUGUUUUCGAAAUGAAGUUGAUUUUAGUAUUAUGUAUAAUCAACGUCAUACUUCUCAUAUAAUUCUAUGUAUCUUUUACAUUUGUAUCUUGUAAUCCCUAUACAAAAAAUUUAUGUACCUUCAAAUUAAGAAAUAUAUAUGUAUUUUGUAAUUUUGCUUUGUCAAGCUACUCUAAGACUAUUCAGAUUUC